AUGAUGCUCAACUCCGCCAUCGUCGCCUUUGCUCUCAGCGUUGCUGUCAGCGCCCUCCCCCAGGCAUACCCCAACAAGUGCGGCGACCAAGUUUGCCCUGCCGACAAGGCCAAAUGCUGCGAAGUCAUUGUCAAUGGCGUAGCCGAGCUCGGCUGCUUUGCCGAAUGCCCACCGGCUCAAGCCCUCCAGCGCCGCCAGACGUAUCCGAACAAGUGCGGCGACCAAGUCUGCCCUGCCGACAAGGCCAAGUGCUGCGAAGUCAUUGUCAACGGAGUUGCUGAGAUUGGCUGCUUCGCCGAAUGCCCGCCUGUCCAAGCCCUUCAGCGCCGCCAGACGUACCCCAAUAAGUGCGGCGACCAGGUCUGCCCUGCCGACAAGUCCAAGUGCUGCGAAGUCAUUGUCAACGGAGUUGCUGAGAUUGGCUGCUUCGCCGAAUGCCCGCCCGUCCAGGCUCUCGCACAACCCCAGCGCCGCGACCAGCCCUCGACCACCACGUCCGCCUCUCCGUCUGCUCCCACCUUUGGCCCCAAGUGCGGCGAUUCCUUCUUCUGCCCCGUCGGCAAGGUCUGCUGCCCCAACGCUCUCUACCACUGCGCCGAUCCCGACAAGGUCAGCCAGCAGUGCCCCCAGUAA